UGUAGAAGGAGCUGCUAACGGGACCCGGAGACGAGACAGACAGACCGAGGCGAGAGACGAACGCAGCCGAAAACAGGACGCUGAACUGCCGCUUCAACUCGUCCAUACCUCUCGCAGUUUUCCCCCUCUCUUGCGGACAUUACGAUACAUCCACAUCUCUGCUAUGGACUUUUACACGAUAGCAAAGCGAAGAGUGAAGAGGGAAGAAGCAUCUAGUGGAAAUACUAUCUGAUAACUCCAUUUGCCAGCCAGCGGAACGUCGGAGAUCUCAAGCCCGGGCUGAGGUUUGCUGUUGGCGGGGAGGUCGAUUACGCACGGACCGCUGCUGUAGUUUUUUGGACAUUUUUGAGCAAGAUCACACUUUUUUGGGACUCUUUAAGCCUCACUGUUUACCUUUCAUCUCCGGAUCGUCAACUUUGCAACACAGUCUCCGGUUUUAGCCCUAAACACAAGGGACCAUGGUGAAUCCAGGGGGCAACAGCCAGCCGUCGGUGGGCACGGGGUCGCUGUCCUGGAAGCGCUGUGCAGGGUGCGGGGGCAAGAUCGCCGACCGCUUCCUCCUCUACACCAUGGACAGCUACUGGCACAGCCGCUGCCUCAAGUGCUCCUGCUGCCAGGCCCAGCUCGGAGAGAUCGGAACGUCGUGUUACACAAAGAGCGGCAUGAUCCUGUGUCGGAAUGACUACAUCAGAUUAUUUGGCAACAGCGGAGCUUGCAGCGCUUGUGGUCAAUCCAUUCCCGCAAGUGAACUGGUGAUGAGGGCACAAGGCAAUGUGUACCAUCUCAAGUGUUUCACAUGUUCCACCUGCCGGAAUCGCCUGGUCCCCGGAGACCGCUUCCACUACAUCAACGGCAGCCUCUUCUGUGAACACGACAGACCCACGGCUCUCAUCAACGGCCAUCUGACUUCACUGCAGACCAAUCCACUGCUGUCAGACCAAAAGGUUUGUUAGGCCGGCCUUGGGUGAGCUCGAGAGAGAAAGAGAGAGAGGGAGCAGCAGGAUGUGUGCCUUCAUUUUCGCCCUAACUCAUUGUCACACGAGACAGAGUGGAUCCCAGGCUCUUUUUGCCCUCAAGGAAUCCUCCAACCAUCCCAGUAACCCAUACCCGUCCGCUCAGCCUCCCCCACUCCCCGAUUAUGGCUACUGGAUACUUGCACUUAAUGCACCUGGAUAAAGACUCUACGUGAGCGCGGACUAGAAAAAAAAAAGAAAGAAAGAAUCAGAAACUUAACAGACUCUUCGGAUGGAGAGAUCGGAAAAUGUGGAAAAUGGACUAAUGCAGACUUUUCAACUCUGCGCAUUUGUUAAAAGACUUCAGAAGAAAGUGGGAUCAUGUUUUUUCCUUUUCUAUCCUCCCCCCGAAACAACGCGGUGUUUCUAUAUUUGAAAAAGUUGUCAAAAGGGGACUGUUUUUUUGUUUUUUGGUGGUAUAUAUAAAAAAGAUGGGUUUUAAAAUCUGUGGCUUUUUGUGCAAAACAAAUCAUGAGACUUUGGUGUAUUUGUAAAAGUUCCCAUGUAUGUACAGUAUGCAUGUAAAUGUCGUGGCUACAGGACAUCCCAGCUCCGGUUCUCCUUGUACCCCCAAAAACAACCCCACAAGAACCAUGCCCAUAGUCACCGAUGUAGAACUCAUCAACAACAUAUAAAUGCUGAAUGAAAGAGAAUUUAUUUGUGAUAUUUUCCGAGACAUUUGCUCCACUAUGGUGUAUUUAAUUAAUAAAAAAUAUGGACAAUU